UUGCUCAUCUGGGGCUCAGGAAGGUAAUGGAAAGGGGGAGGGGUUCGAAAUUGAAGAAAUGAAACUCAACUUCUAUCCCUGAAACCCUGGGCAAAUGUUAUUCCUUUUCAGACAGCCUUUCAUUUAAUUAAAAAAAACAAAAACAAAAACAUAUUUAUUUUGUACCUGUCCUAGACGCUGAAGCCACAAAUAAUAAAAACUGACAUGAAUGAAUGAAGUAUAAACACUAUGACAUAUUAUUGCUGGGGUUGACCAAGGUCACACAGGUUACUGUAAGCCUCAGAAGCAGUCCAGUGUUCUUUCCACAGUAUCUCGGCCUUUCCUUUUGGUGUCCCCAAUGCCUUGCAUAUAGGAACGUAAAUUAAAUUCGUUGACUGUAACCGAAUGAAUGGUCUUAGGAAGGAGGAAGAGAGAAUUCCUCCCGUGUGGUGGGAUGAGACCUUUUUUUCCCGGGCCCCACGUACUCAAGGAGCGGGUUUCCGCACGGCUGACAAAGGCCAGCGCACAACAUGGCGGCCCCUAAGUCUUACGGAAUGGUCCGGGGCCAUCGCCUGCCUUGCUUCUGACCGAAACCUGGAUGACUGGAAGACCUGCCAGCCGUAGGGUCAAAGGAGGUCAGGCUUCCAGCGGGCCGGCUGCCCGUCUCCCGUAGCCUUCUUUCCCGGGUGCUCCUUACUCCGCUCGGCGACAUUUCAGUUUUCUCUACCUAGCGGCGAGUCCCUCCAAAAGCUCUCCGGCCUCGCUUCCCCGGAACCACGCUUUCCAGGAGCCGCGGGUCCCACUCCAGCCCGGCGUACCCUUCUCUAGGUUCGCACCCCUCCGUACAGGGGUUGUGCUCUAGCCUCCAGCCCCUCUGUAUUCAUCUCACCCGCUAGCCCCGCCCCCUCUCUUGCCCCCUUUACUCACUAGCCCCACCCUCUCCCCUUGUCCCAUUUACCUCUAGCCCCACCCCCUAGCUACUUUCACCCUCAGGCCCCACCCCUUCCCUUGUCCCUUUUAACCCCUAGCCCAGUCGGGCCCUUGCCACUUUCUUUCACCUGCUGGCCCCGAGCUCUCCUCCAGCUGCGAGCCCCGCCCCCUCCUCGUGCUCGCUCCAGCUCCUCCACGUGUUCUGCUAGCUCCGCCCCCUCAAUCUCUGCCAGCCCUGGAGCCCACCCUCGCCACCUCCAUGGCCGAGGCCCAGGGCCCCGGGGAGAAGAUCAACAUCCAGGCGGGCAGCGAGGGUCCCCCGGCUGGAGAGAAGGCCAAGGAGUGCUGCCCAUGCCGUGACUGGUCGGCGCCACUCCCCCCUCCGCAGCGGACGUGGCGCCAAAAGUGCGCCUCCUACGUGCUGGCGCUGCGGCCGUGGAGCUUCAGCGCCUCGCUAACCCCAGUGGCCCUGGGCAGCGCGCUGGCCUACCGCACGCAGGGCGCGCUGCAGCCGGGCCUGCUGCUGGGCAGCGCCGUGGCCGUGCUGGCCGUGCACGGCGCCGGCAACCUGGUCAACACCUACUACGAUUUCUCCAAGGGCAUCGACCAUAAGAAGAGCGAUGACCGCACGCUGGUGGACCGCAUCCUGGAGCCGCAGGACGUGGUGCGCUUCGGAGUCUUCCUCUACACCCUGGGCUGUGUGUGCGCCGCCUGCCUCUACUUCCUGUCCACGCUCAAGCUCGAGCAUCUGGCGCUCAUCUUCUUCGGGGGCCUCUCGGGCUCCUUCCUGUACACAGGAGGGGUUGGAUUCAAAUACGUGGCUCUUGGCGACCUGGUCAUCCUCAUCACCUUCGGCCCGCUGGCCGUGAUGUUCGCCUACGCUGUGCAGGUGGGCUCGGUGGCCAUCUUCCCCUUGGUGUACGCCAUCCCGCUGGCUCUCAGCACCGAGGCCAUCCUGCACUCCAACAACACCAGGGACAUGGAGUCCGACCGAGAGGCCGGCAUCGUGACCCUGGCCAUCCUCAUCGGCCCGGCCUUCUCCUACGUGCUCUACAACACGCUGCUCUUCGUGCCCUACCUCAUCUUCAGCAUCCUGGCCACGCACUACACCAUCAGCAUGGCACUGCCCCUGCUCACCAUCCCCCUGGCCUUUGCGCUCGAGAGACAGUUCAGGAGCCAGAACUUCAACAAACUGCCCCAGAGGACUGCCAAGCUCAACCUCCUGCUGGGGCUCUUCUACGUCUUUGGGAUCAUCCUGGCCCCGCCGGGCACCCUGCCCAGACUCUAACGGGCCGGGGUCUGCCCUCCCCCCCCCGCCCCGUCCCCUCCAGCGGACCGUGACUCCCGGCUCAGUGUGUGAAUGUGAGAAGGACCUGGGACCUGGGAGCUUUCGCCUUUGGGGUAACAGAGUCUUAUAGCUAUCCAUGUUUUCUCGCAGUCCUUGGGAUUCUGCCGUGGAUGCUGGGACCCAGGAGCAGUCCGCGGCGCCGGCCCGCUCUGUUCACAGCUUCCACUAGAGGGCAGCGUCGGGUCACUUUGAAAUGAGACUGUCCCUUCCACGUGUGGCCAGCCUCCCAGCCCCCUCCCGUCAGGCCCCUCCUCACAGGGCGCUCCCAGAACCCUUACAUUGAAGCUCAUUCCCUUACCAGUUUUGGUCUUCUGUGGUAAUGGUCGCCCCGGGCUCGUUAACAUGGGCCCGGCCAUCUCUUCCCCUUUGGGGCCCAGAGAGCCCCUCGUUCACAGCCCGCAGGGCUCAGACAAGCUCUCCCGAUGGAUCCGCUCUCGGUCGGGUUCUGCCAGUGAGAGCGGGUCACCCUUUCCGAAGGAGACGGGCCCCAGAGGGCGCUCUGCCGCCGGUGUGGGAAGGGCAGUGGCUGUUUCCUUGGUAGGAAGCCAUAAAGGAGGCAGGACCAGGAGUUCCGGCUGUCCUUGGCCCGAAAUGACAGCGUGGUCGGCUGUUUGAGGGCGUCCGGGACACCAUUUUCCCUUCACCCCUGCUCUCAGCCCUUCCCCUUUUGAAUAUCCUUUAAUAUUUCUUUUGAAUACCCUUGUCCAGUUUUCAUAGAGGAAAACACAGCAUUCCGCCCCUAGAUUUCCUGGUAAGAGUUUAGAAGCUGUCGCAGAGCCCAGGGUAAGCCAACUAAGCCCACAAAUCCCUGGGGUUCCCGGGUCAGGCCCGUGGCCGUUUCUGAGCCAGAGCGGGCCAAACACAGCGAAUUUAGAAUCUCUGAAGCCGAGGCAGUUCUGACACAUUUUCACUAGAGGGUUUUGAGAUGCUGCUCCCCGUUCCGAGGAGGACCUUGCUAAGGACACCUUAAAAAUGGGUGGGCUUUGUCUUGGCAGGGGCUGCUUUUCCCCCUCCCCGAAGACAGAUGGUGGUUCUAGGACUGCCUUUGCUCACUUGCGUAAUGAAGGCCCAGGGCUAGAUCCCACGGGGGGGGGGGGGGGGGGGGGGGGGGGGGGGGCAGACUGCCACAUUCUAUGCUAGAGUAUGAUGACAUCAUCUGACCAUCCCAAAUAUUUGCAGCCCCUCUCCUGAGCAGCUCUAAGGCUACCCAGGGUAGCGGGCGGGCCAGGUUCACCGCACAGGUCACAGACCAUGAGCAGAGCGGGUCACAUCACAAAGAGAAAGAGGGGAGACCCUGGAUGUUCUUAGCAACAGUUCUGGUCCCGGCACAGAACCCGCAGCAAAGAGAAAGGCUGAAGUCCUCCCCAGCACUCCUCUCCCAAGACCUUGGUAAGAAAUGCCAACUUGUGGAGUUGUAGGCGCUGCUCUUGUCCAUCCGUGUGUGAAGUGGCCCCUCCCAGAGCUUGGCCCUCUGAGGAGAGGGUCUUCUGUGGAUCCCCAGCUUGGCCACCACUCUGACCCCGUCCCAUCUGUCUCAUCAGCCUGCAAGCUAGAGUCUAGUGCCGAUUUUAAUACAUUUUUGAUACACGCACACCCUGACGAGGCCAAUUUGGUAUUGAGUUUUGUACACAGCUCACCAUGCAUUUAUACUGCUAUCCUUGAUUCAGUGAAUUUUUCUUAGUCUUGUUGAUUAAAAAAAAAAAAAGAAUUCUCUCAUCA